GUUUUACAGGGGAUUGCGCUGCUCGUGCGUGGACGUCCACGCGCACGUUCUCCGCUUUACGCAACCGUGCGCGAGCUCCAGCCGAGGGAAGGAAAGUAAAAGCUCACCGAGACGGGAGAGGGAGUCAGUGUCUCCAGGAAUUCCGGACUCCAGAACGGAAUGGGAAGGGCUGCUGUGGACUGUUACGGGGGAGAGGAUCACGAGGAAGCCAAGGCCAUCCAGCACCCUCCGGGCACGGUGACAGGGCAGUGGAGAGCUGUACCCUUGUCAGGACUCAAUAUGCGUUCGUGAGAGGGAGACCCUCCUGACUGGGAAGGGAGAAAGUACCAGACGAGACGUCUCCUGGACGCGUAUGCGCCACCGAGACGGGGCACCACGUCACUGGCAGCGAGAAGUCAGCAGAUUUGAUGAAGGAGGGACUCGUAGCGACUACCUGACAGAAAAGGGGUGGGGAGGAGGGGCAGCUGCGGGGAGGGGAGCUAGCCCGCUGGUUUAACUCACUGACAGCGGCGGCGGCGACAGCAGCAGCAGAGUAUUUCUCUCGGUCGCCUUACGCCUUCGGACGGUGUGGCUCGAGCACCGGACGUUCGUAAUUCGGAGCGUUCCAUCGAACGCGCGCGACCCACCCCGCCCCCCCUCUUCCCCUGCCCUGUGCCGCGAGCUGGCUGCACAUCCUGGCCGCCGCGGUGCGAACUCUGUCCGUCUGUCACACUUUUUAUUUUCGCGUUGUUGUUGUUGUUUAUAAACCCAUCCCGUCCCCUUCCUUUUACUCUUUCCUCCUAAAAGAAAACGACAGCCAGCUUUUGUCGCGGUAAAUGUUUAACACUGAGAAAGUGGCUCCUGGCGGCGCUGCUGCUGGUGGCGGUGGUGGGAGAAGGCUGUCUGGUUCUACGGGGGAAAGGGGAUCGUUGGCGCUGAAAGCAAAUACCCAGGAUAGGGCAAAGACCAACUGCAGCAGCCCAACCUCAGCAGCUGCAGACGCGGAUUCGGUGCGGAUAGUCCGCGAGGACCAGCAGAACCACCACCGUCAUCCGGAAGCUGGCAAGGUUGUGGAGGGUUUACUCAGCAAGUACACCAAUCUGAUCCAGGGCUGGCAGCACAGGUAUUUUGUUCUGAAUUGCGAGUUGGGCGUUCUGCAGUACUUUGUAAACGAACAAUGCAAAGGUCAGAAGCCACGAGGAGUUCUACAUUUGUCUGGUGCAUUGAUCUCUCCCAGUGAUGAGGUUUCCCACAUGUUUAUAGUCCAAGCUGCCAGUGGUGAACUGUAUAAACUCCGAGCAGGGGAUGCCAAAGAGCGACUCUACUGGGUGAACCAACUUCAGGCUUCUGCCAAGCACCACACAGAAAAUAAUACCAAGAGUACUCCUUCAAUAAGAGCUAGAAGUUUAUCUUUACUUCCUCCUGGGAUAUCAAACCCAGCAUCUCUUGGUAGCCAGAAGCACCUGACACACAGUGGGCCAGGAAUUAUCACUAUCACACAUCACAAGUCUCCCGCAACCACCCGACGUGCAAAGAAUCAGUGUCCAGGCCGUCUUUUAGAUGUUAAAGAGAUGAUGAGUCAGGCAGAAGGACAGCAAAAGAGUCUUGUGCAUUCAAUAGAAUCUCUCCCACCUUGCGGACCUCUAUCUGCAUUGGAUCAAGAUUUACUGCUUUUGAAAGCUACCUCAGCUGCUACCAUGAGCUGCCUUGGUGAAUGCUUGAACAUUCUGCAACAAAACGCACAGCAAGCUGUCCAGCAUAGCAAAAAAUUGUCAACUGAAGCUGUCUUAGGAUGGCAGGGACCAAGAUCUCGUUCAGCUGAGCAGUUGAAGAACGGAAAUGUAUGCGCUUCACCUUCAAUGCCUUCAAAUAAUGUGAACAUUGUGUGGUCUGCAACGCCUAGUCAGGCCACACAAGGACUUCAGCAGCCCUCUGAGCAUCAAAAUUCUGAAGUCAUAAAUCCUGAAGAUGAGAUAACAGACAGUGAGGAUAAUAUAGAGGAAGACUUGGGAGUCAUGGAUGAUCAGCGUAGCGUUAUCCUACACCUCCUUUCUCAACUGAAACUCGGCAUGGAUCUUACUAGGGUGGUGCUUCCAACAUUUAUUUUAGAGAAAAGAUCAUUGCUGGAAAUGUAUGCAAAUUUCAUGGCCCAUGCAGACAUGUUUGUGUCAAUCACAGCAGGUAUAACACCUGAAGAGCGGAUUAUCAGCUUUGUGGAAUAUUACCUGACUGCUUUCCAUGAGGGCCGAAAGGGAGCAGUUGCAAAGAAACCUUAUAAUCCAAUAAUUGGAGAAACUUUUCAUUGCUCUUGGGAUGUGCCAAAAACUAAUGUAAAAUCCAGUAGAGCCAAUGGCAUUUCAACAUUUGGCAAGGAUCAGCCCAAACUCGAGCAAGCCUUGGAGUCUAGCAAGGACCCAACAGAAUGUUACAAAGUGAGAUUUACAGCAGAACAAGUUUCCCAUCAUCCACCGAUUUCUGGUUUUUACUGUGAAUGCGAGGAGAGGAAAAUUUGUGUGAAUGCACAUGUGUGGACCAAGAGCAAAUUUAUGGGCAUGUCCAUAGGGGUCACCAUGGUGGGGGAAGGUGUUCUUUUCCUUGGAGAGCACGAUGAGGAGUAUGUUUUUACAUUGCCAAGUGCCUAUGCACGUUCAAUAUUGACAGUCCCUUGGGUAGAACUAGGGGGUAAAGUCAGUAUUAACUGUGCCAAGUCUGGUUACUCUGCUGCUGUCACAUUCCAUACAAAGCCUUUCUAUGGAGGAAAAGUCCACAGAGUUACAGCUGAAGUAAAGCAUAAUCCAACAAACACAAUUGUAUGCAAGGCACAGGGGGAAUGGAAUGGAACUCUUGAAUUCACAUACAGUAAUGGAGAAACAAAAGUAAUUGAUACAACCAAACUGCCAAUAAUAAGAAAGAAAAUACGCCCCAUCAAAAAACAAGGGUUGUUUGAAUCUAGGCGUCUUUGGGAACAGGUUACCAAUGCACUACAAGCUGGAAAUAUUAGUGCAGCGACUGAGAACAAGCACAUUCUGGAGGAACGGCAGAGGGCUGAGGAAAGACAACGAGCAGCAUCAAACACUCUUUGGACGCCAAAGUAUUUCCUAAAAGAGGGAGAUGGUUGGGUGUACCAUAGUCCCCUCUGGAAGACACAGUGCUGACAGACUGACAAAUCCAGCUUAACCUUUGCCACUACCUCAGAUUUGCUCUGAUUCGGCUCUUGUCAUCUGCAAAAGAUUCUGAGGUGAUGUUGAUGUGACAAAAAAAGGUUAAAAAAUGACUAUGCUGUGUAAAGCAAAUGAACUUUUUUUGAACAAGACAUAUAUUGUGUAUUAAGUUAAAAUAGUUGCAGGUUCACCAAAACAAAUUUAUUCAGGCACUGACCUGUACACAUGUGGCAUCUGCAUGUGAGAGAUUGAAAUGUUAGUGAUGGAGAAAUUUUAUUUUACUGUUUCAAGAUUUUAUAUUUUUCACUUGCAAAGACUUGUUUUGCACUUAUAUUAAGAAAUGUGCCAUUGGUGUAUUUACUUUAGGCUUUAUGUGUGAACCAAAAGAUGUAAUUCAUUGUCAAAGUGUUUUAAUGUGAUUAUUGAGCAUGCCAUUACACACAUUUUAGCAUACAGCACUAUAAUGCACAUUGGCCCUUUUUUAAAACUAUGAUGCGCUUCAUCACGUGCACAAAUAAAUCCAUAAAACCUAGUUUCUGUUUAAGUUAUUCUAAAUGAAUAGCAGUUUGAAACACGCGCAUCUGCUAAGAAACACAGCCAGCUGUAUCUGGUAUUCACAAGGUUGUGACACGUGGCUGAACUUUAUACUUUCCACAAACUAAGCAGAAGAGGCCAUUUAGUUUCCAUGUGCAAUCAGUAAAACUUCUGUAAAUUGAAAAUAAUUUGGAAAAAAAGUUUUUUUAGUGCUUUUAAUACACCUCCUGCUCCCCCUCAUGUUCAGAAUAAUAGAUACAAUUAGGAGAGUUAAGCUGGCUAAGGAUUUUAAAAGUGCCCUUGUCUCAAACACAAUAGUAAACUGUAAUGUUACAAUUAUUUGGUUAAUUUUUUUUAAUUUAUAAUUUGAAGCUCAUAAGAACUGGCUGCCUUAGGUGAAUAUAAAAAUAUUCCAUGCAUAUGAUAGAGAUCUCUUUUUGUCUUUGCAUCUAUUUGUGAUUCUUUAUUCAUAUAUAAAUUCAUUUUAAUGCACUCUUCCAAUUCUUCAUACCUCUGCAUCAACAAGUAAGUUACCUUGAUAUUACCAAAAGCAAUGGCAUCUCUUUGGUGUCACUCCUUCCUUGCAAUUAAUAGAAAGCAUAUAACUGUAUUGUGUAUGCCAACACAAAUCUAUAUCAUGACCUGCAUUUUGCUCCAUAGCAUCUACUUUAAAAUAUGAUACCUUGAAAACCAUCCACUAAAAAUGUGGAAGUUUCAAUUCAGAACAAGCGUUCAGGCAUGUUUGACUUUGGACUGUCCACUUAAAACUUGUACUUUUUGAACAGAAGUCAUUUUGGAUUUCUUAGUAGAUGCUGGGAACAAUUUCAGUUGUACCUUUGAGCUCUAAUGGUAUUAUAAUAGAAUGUGACAUUUAAUUCUGGGGGAAAGCAGCAUAAUAGAAAUAUCCUUUCACAGAGACAGAGGGCCAAAGUGAAUAUUGGGAUGAUGCUGAUGUUCAUAAAAAUAGGCUAAUAUAAUUAAUUAAAUAAAAGUCGCUAGCCAUUUCAUUGCUGCGCUUCAAAAUGCUACAGUGCAGAUUUCAUAUAGAGUCAUACAGCAGGGAAACCGACCCUUCGGUCCAACACGUCCAUGCCGAUCAGAUAUCCCAAACUUACCUAGUCCCAUUUACCUGCAUUUGUUCCAUAUCCCUCUAAAUCUUCCCUAGCCAUGUACCUGGCCAAAUGUAUUUUAAAUGUCGUAAAUGUACCCGCCUCUACCACUUCCUCUAGCAGCUCAUUCUGUACAUGCCCUACCCUCUCACCUUAAACCUAUGCCUUCUAAUUUUGGACUUUCCUUUCCUUGGAAAAAGACCUUGGCUAUUCACCUUAUCUAAGAUCAACCAGUCCAAUAGUCUGUUCCAGAUUUUAUGCUCCACUCACAAUUCUUCUCAUUCUUCCUCAUCUAACUCUAUGAAUAUAGCCCUCUAUUCCCCCCUCCUUCAUUUCUAUUCUUAUAUUCUUAUUCUUAUAAAUCUUUUUUUUAAAUCUUUCUUCAUUUUAAAUAUAUUCCUUUAUUCCUCAAUCACUGUCUAUCAAAGCAAAUUCUUUUUGUCACAAGUCCCUAGGUAAAGAAGUUCUCCUAAACUUCCUAUUUGAUGUCUUGCUGACUAUCUUGUAUUGACGGCUUCUAUUUUGCUCUUCCACACAAACAGAAACAAACUUCAUGUCUAUUCUGUUAAACCUGUUGAACCCUUAAAGAUCUCUAUCCAGUCACCCUUCAGGCUUUUCUUCUUAAGAUUAAACAGACUCUGAUUUUUUAAUAUCAUCCUUGUAAAUAAUUUUUGCACCCUCUCCAGCACAUCUUUAUUCUUUUCAGUGUAUGGCAGCCAGAACUAUACAAAGUACUUUAAAACUGACCCUAACUGAAUUUUGCUACAAGUUUAGCACAACAUCUCUACUUUUCAAUUCAAUUUUCAACUUUUCUGUUCUGUUAGAUAUAAAUAAAAGCAAAGGAGUAAGAAGAUGUAAUUUUCUGACUCUGAUUUCUUAAAGCUAAACAAGUUGGAGAUUCCAAAUGUAUCCAUGAUUCUUUUCCCAUUUAUAUAUGUGAACUUUAAUCAUAAUUAUUUUGAAAUUGUUACUUUAUAUGUAGCAUUUAUCAUUUUUGGAUAAAGGUUGUUUUCUUCUGUGGUGUGAAUUUUAAAAGGGUGGUUGUAAUAGAUCGCAACCAAAUUAAAAUUACGAAAGUA